ACCACAACAAAGAAGUAAUAUUAAGAGAAGCAUCUACUCAUGCUAGGAUGCAUCACAAAAAUAUUGUGCGCUACCAUCAGGCCUGGACAGAGAAUUUGCAGCCAAAGAGUAAUCAUGAUGACAUGCGUGGCUCAAGCUCUGCUGGUGAAGAUACUGCCGCGCUGUUUAUUCAGAUGGAAUGCUGCCCGAUGACUCUUCAUGAUCUGCUCUCUAAGGAGACUGGCCUCGAGGGACGCUUCUUGAUGGCCAAGCAAAUAAUUGAAGGAGUGUGCUUCAUCCACGCAAAUGAAUAUGUCCACAGAGACCUUGCCACAAAAAAUAUUUUUGUGGGAGCUUCUCAGGAUGAGAAUGAGAUAAAAAUAGGAGACUUUGGAAUUGCGGUCUUCUGUAAAAAAGGAGAAAAGGUUCAGGUCGACGCCGAGGGAAACAAAACGUACAGGGCUCCUGAGGCGGAAAAGGGAUCCAUUGAUGCCAAGGCGGAUGUAUACAGCUUAGGAGUUAUCUUAUUCAUGCUGCUACACCCCACAGCAUCUGGCACAGAAAGGAAAAAUAGUUUAGAUAAAUUAAAAAGAAUGGAAUUUCCGGAUGAUUGGGAAAAUGAGCGGUACAGACCGCUCAAAUCUCUUCUCUCGGACAUGCUGUCUGAAAGCCCUGAUGACCGUCCUUCUGCUGAAGAAGUUCUGCCCCGAGUUCUGGAUCUCUCUCCCCUCUUCGAGCACGAUGAGCCUGUGCAAGGCAAAGAAGAGCAGACGGAUGGAAAAGUUGACAAGGAGCUGGAGACCGGUGAAAAAGUUGACAAGGAGGAGAGGACUGAAGCUGUUGGAGAGGAUGGCGCGGAGGAGGAGGAAGCUUGAGCUUGGGCUUUGGCGCUAGCACUGUCCAAUCUUCUAGUCUAUUUUGAUCUGCCAUUUCUGUUAUAUAGUAGCAGAUACACCAGUUUGUGUUGCUGCAGCAAUAACUUUUGCGAAUUAGCAAUUAAUACGUGAGACGUGACGGGAAUGUUCAAAGGAGGGUGAAAUUUCAAACCCGAAGCUAGUUGUAUGCAGUACAGAGCAACUUCCUAAACUUGAAGGUUGAUGCAUUUGACUAACCUCCAUUUUAGGAGGAAUAGCAUACAAUAUAAGCGUACAAUAGUUUCAGCAAUCCAUAGUAUAUGUGUGUUUCCUCCU